UCUCUCUCUCUUCGUCUUCCUCCAGCUCCCGAACCCCAAUAAAACCUCUCCACCCUUUCCCUCCUAUCCCAUUUCUCCUUCUUCUCUCAUCACUCCACUCCUCCCACUGCUCGAGGAGGCCACCCCAACCAGCCUAGCCCGGCCCGCACUUAAAGCCACCACCUUGCUACCUCGCCGCGCCGCGCCGCGCCAUGGAAGGGGAGAAGCUCUCCUCUUCCACCAUUCCCGCCGCGCCCUGACCAAAGCUCUCCCCCAAACCACACUCACUGAGUCACCGCACCCCACUACCACCCAUGGCGUUCGCCGCGCUCUUCGCCGACUCGCUCUUCUGCUCCGAGGAGCGCCUCGACGACCUGUUCCAAGAACCGGCCCAGGACGACGACUGGCCAGACCCGCCGCCGCAGCCGCCGCAGCAGCAGCAGCCGGCCCUCGACGACGAGCUGCCGGCGCUGUUCGAGGCGUACAGGCGCAAGGAGGAGCCGCUGCCGGACCACGGCGAGCGGUACGGCGGCAAUGCGGGCCGGGAGGCGGCGGUCGGCUGGGCCACGCGCGCCGCCGCCAGGCUCGGCUUCUCCGCCCUCACCGCCGCGCUCGCCACCGCCUACCUCGACCGCUGCUUCCUGGGCGCCGGCGGCGCGAUGCGGCUCGGGGACCAGCCCUGGAAGGCGCGCCUCGCCGCCGUCGCCUGCGUCGCGCUCGCCGCCAAGGUCGAGGAGACGCGCGUGCCGCUGCUCCUCGACCUCCAGCUCCUCGCCGCCGGGCCCGACGCCGACGCCGGUGCCGGCGCCUACGUGUUCGACUCCGACACCAUGUACCGGAUGGAGGCCAUCGUGCUCAACGAGCUCGCAUGGCGCAUGCACCCCGUCACGCCAUUCUCCUUCCUCCACCCCGUCCUCGCCGCCGCCCGCCUGCGCCACUGCGAGGCCCUCCUGCUCGCCGCGAUGACAGACUGGAGGUGGCCUCGGCACCGCCCCUCGGCGUGGGCCGCCGCGGCAUUGUGCGUCACGGCCGGAUUCGGCACCGACGACGGCGACGCCGACCUCCUGGCCCUCAUCAACGCCCCCGAGGACGAGGUGGCGGAAUGCGCCAAGAUCCUCACCGGGGAGGCGGGCUUCGUGCUCCACAACAAGCGCAAGCGCGCGCCGGCGGGGCUGCACUCGCCGCCGCUCAGCCCGAUCGGCGUCAUCGGCUCGGCGGCCUACUUCAGCCGCGAGAGCUCCACCAGCAGCGCGGACGCGGUCACCACCGCGUGGCCAGGGUGCGUCUCCGUGUCGUCCUCCCCGGAUCCCGCCGCCCGGCCGCCCAAGCGCGCUACCGCCAUGGUGAUGCUUCCACCCGACGAGGAGAGCCGCGACGCCUGGCCCUAGACGGCACGGACCGGCGGCGCCGGCCAAGCUAGCUACCUACCUAUAUGGCCCGAUCGCUCGCCGCAGAACAGCCACCACUCCGGCGAUCUGCUAAAGCCGUUAAUGAGAAGCCAGACAGGAAGGCGAAGAAACGAAAAAGCUGUAAUUUUGCUUGCUUACUGCAAUGCGGUUGGACAAGAUGGUUCUUGUUAGGGGGAGGAGGUUGGGAGAUUAAGCCGCCAUUGACGAGGGGGCAAGCUAAGCUAGUAGGCAGCUGUAACAACAGAGGAGGGCGACAGCGGAAGUUUGCUCCAUCUCCAGCUUUGCUUGCUUGCUAUACCUCUCUGCAAUGGCGCCAUGAAUGCAAUUCCCCACUUCCAAUGAGCUCUACUACUACUACAUCUAUCUACAUUGAUAUGUCCCCGUGUUGGCUUCUCAUUUUAUCUAAAUAAAUGUGCAUAAACCCUC